AAGAUAAAUAAAAUAAAUAAAUAAAUCUAAUCAAAUAUCUCUCUCUCUCUAUCUUCUUCUUCUUGUUGCGUAUAGAGAAGAAGAUAGCUGUUUUGUGUGAAAAGUCAGCGUUUCUCUCUCUCUCUCUCUCUCUCUCUCUCUCUCUCUCUCUCUCUCUCUCUCUCUCUCUCUCUCUCUCUCUCUCUCUCUCUCUCCUUCUCUUCAUUUUCUAAACAUCAUUCCUUUUCCUUCUAAUCUCAAAAAUCUCUUUUGUUCUUUUGACAAGAAACAAUAUUAGCACAAAAAACAUCAUCUUCAGAACCCGAAAAAAAAAAAAAAAAAAAUCCUCAUCCCAUAAUCUCUUUUAAUUUUCUCCUCAUAAUUAACCCCAAAACCCAAUAUUUUCUCCCAAAACAAAAUAUAUAUCAUCAUCCAUCCAAAGUCUUCUUCUCAAAAUCUCCACAAACCCAAGAAAAUCUGCAUGCCCUUUUUCACGUCAACAACCAAAACUCUCUUUAUUAUAGCAGCUAGCUAGGGUUAAUAUUAUUUCUUCCCUACAUUUAUAUUCUUUCAGUCUGUAUUUUGAUUACACGAGAAUGAAAAUUCUACUCCUAUACAUGUUCUUAUCCUUGCUAUUACCCAUGUCUAGCACUACUGCUAAUUUUGGUAUUAGGUGUGAAAAUCCUUAAGAAAAUCAUGUGCAGCUUCUUGUUCGAUCAGCCAAGCAAUAAUAUUAAUAAUAAGAAUAUUAUUAUGGACGAGAGUACAAGUACUAGCAGUACUAAUAAUAUCAAUAACAUCAUCAACAAUUUUCAAGGCGAUUUAACAGAUAUAGUUCGAGCCAGACCACCUGUUGGGGGAGCUGCUUCUUCUUCACCAUCUUCUUCAAAUUCUCACCUUAAUAAUAAUCCUCAUAUCGAUGUCGUUUCUGGUUACGAAGAAGACUUAAUUCUCCACAACAUGGCAAACGACAACGGUGCCAGCGGCGGAGUCGUAGGCUGGCAGCUAUUCUCCUCCGCCGAUCCCCUAAUGAUGAAUUGCUUCGGCGAUCCAUUUUCAAACUUACGCCCGGAUCCACUUCUCCACCACACCGUCACCGCCCCGGUACCAACGGGGCUUUUCCGAAACCCGGAUUUAUCUCCCACAACGGCUAACAAUUUGGUCAACGGUGGGUUUUGCAGAGGAGUAAGUAAUGGGCUUAUUGGGCCUAGCGAAGAGGAGAUGAACAUGAUGAUGAGUAGUAGUACAACUGGUGUUAGUACUGCUAGGCCUAGUUGCAAUAUCUUCUCUAGAAUUCUUCAGAUUAAUCCAACUACUCCAAAUAGUUGUACUAAUACUACUUCUACUACAACAAACAAUAUUACUGGUGCUGUUAAUAUUAGUACAUCAAAGUUGGCUUGUACUAAUAAUACAACAACGGCUACAAAUAGUAAUAAUACGACGUCGUCUUCUCAGGGUGUUGGAGAUUCGCCUUCUCCGCCAUCUAUGGCUGUGGGUUCGCCGAGGGGAUUAAUUAAUGUGAACAGCUCACAGUUGCAAGCUGGUGGUAGUUGCUUGCUUGACAACAGUACUACUGCUACUACCGGUGGCCUUCAGAUCUCAUCUCCACGGAACCCGGGCAUCAAGAGAAGAAAGAGUCAAGCAAAGAAGGUUGUGUGUAUUCCAGCACCAGCAGCUGCAAACAGCAGAGCCACUGGAGAAGUAGUUCCUUCUGAUCUUUGGGCAUGGAGAAAGUACGGUCAAAAACCCAUUAAAGGUUCUCCUUAUCCAAGGGGCUACUAUAGAUGCAGCAGUUCAAAGGGUUGUUCGGCAAGGAAACAAGUAGAGAGGAGUAGAACUGAUCCAAACAUGUUAGUGAUAACCUACACUUCCGAACACAACCAUCCAUGGCCAACUCAAAGAAAUGCUCUAGCAGGGUCAACACGUUCUCAACCAUCAAAGAACACCCCAAAUUCUAUUAAGACUACUUCUAGCUCGAGCCCAUUAUUAAUGAGCUCAUCUCAUCAUCAGCUUCAAAAGAGUGGUACCACUAGUCCAAAGGAAGAUUCUACUAUGAUGAUGAUUCAUAGCCAAAACGACAACAGCAUCAGUUGUGGUGCAGGUGGUGGAAGUACUAGUUCGACGACAAGUGCUUCAGUGAAAGUAGAAGAGAAUGUUGAUCAUGAUGAGAAUAUUGAUGAGAAGAAUAAUGAUCAUGAUCAAGUGGAUGAUAGUUCAUGUGAUCAUGAUCAUGAUAACGGUGUAGAAGCUGUGGGUGGGCUAUUUCCUUAUAGGCCAACCAUGCCUGGACCAAACCUUACAUCGUCGGCUGUUGAUCAGGAUUUCUUUGCUGAUUUAGGAGAGAUUGAAGCUGACCCUUUAAACCUUUUGUUUAGUCAAAGCUUUAACUCGGCUGAUCAUCAUGAUCAUACACAUAAGGGCAUGUUAAUAAGCAAGGGUUUGGACCCUUUUAACCUGUUUGACUGGUCAGCAGGUAGUACUGGUGGCGGUGGUGAUGAUCAUAAUAAUAUUGGUGCUGAUAAUAACAAUAACAACAACAAAUAAAACAACAAGAAGAAAGAGUAGUGAUCAUAAAAAUAAUAUAUACUACACUUUACUACUCUUGUCUCUCUUGAGCUAGUUUGUGGAGUCUUUUUUUUUUAUUUUCUCUUAUAUUAAUAUAGCAAGGUCAUUUGGAUUGAGCUUUUUCUUUUUUCUUUCUUUUGGAAUAUCUUAGGAAGUUAGAGAUUUUUUAUUUCUUUCUACCCCUUUUCUUAAUUUAUGUUUUUUUUUUUUUUGUUCCUUACUUUCUUGUUAUGGGUCAGAAGAAGAGUCAGUAAAAAAAUGAGAUAAAAAAAAUGAGAGAAAGAAAGAAAAGAGUGGUGAUUUGAUUGGAAAAAGAGAGAGAGAGGGCAAUGAGAGUAGUCCCUACAUUCCUUUUGGAAUAUUGGUGGAUGGGACAGAAAGCUGAGGAACAGAAGGUUGCAACAGUGAAAAGAAGUACAUCCAUCACAGACAUGACUAGAAAGCUCAGAGUGAGAUUGAUCGAUAUAUAAUAUUUUCAAUAUUUUUAUAGAAGAGAUGGGACUUCCCUUUCAAUUUUCUUUUUUUUUUUCUUUUUGAUGAAGAAGUGGGAAAAAUUAUUCGAGUUUUCAGGAAGGAAGGACCCCAAUAAUCUUUUUCUUUGGUUUGUUUUGGUUGGUGUUUCUAAUUAAGCACUCUCCAAAAAAAAAAAAAAACUGUAAGAAAGAAAGAUGACAAAAGAAUAUAGUAAAAGAUUACUAAAAA